GACGGUUUGUUUAGAACGAUCAUUUCUGUAGAAAAACCCUUGUCGGUCUCUUUCUACUGUAUUCCUAGUAUCACAGGAUUUCCUUCUUCUCAAAACUGAGAAGAGUUGCAAAUGAUCCCCUCGUUUCUUGAAUUAGCACCCAACUUUAAUGGCUUCUGUCACUCAUCCCUCAUUCACUCUCGUCUUCUCGAACUUACAGAAAAACACCUCUUCUUCUCCUUCUGGCUACCUCUACACUGCACCAUCAAGGGAUCUCAAGAAAAUCCACCGCUGUUUAUCAAUAAGUUGUAAAAAAGAUGAUAAAAAUCUCUCAUCUUCCACCACCACUACCACUACCAUUACAGCAAAUAAUAAAACUGAUCAAGUCCGUAUCAUGUUUACAGCUGGUGGAACUGGUGGUCACAUCUACCCUGCAGUUGCCAUUGCUGAUGAUCUGAAGGUUAUAAACCCUAACAUCCAGAUACUAUUUGUUGGUAAUCACAAAGGAAUGGAAAGCAUCGCUGUACCUUCCACUGGAUAUGAUUUUGUUUCCAUACCUUGCUUUCCUAUAGCUCGCCCAAUUUUAUUUUCUCCCACCAACCUUCUUUUUCCUUACCGUUUGAUCACAUCUAUGGUGAAAAGCUGGAAGGUCUUAAAAACUUUUGAUCCUCAGAUCAUUGUAGGCACUGGCGGAUACGUUUCUGCCCCAAUUUGUCUUACUGCAGCCCUCUUUCGAAGAGGCUUAAAUAAACUAGUAAUUCAGGAGCAGAAUUCUGUACCAGGUCUUGCGAAUUGGCUUCUUUCAUUUUUUGCUGAUUUCAUUUUUGUUGCUUUUCCAUCAUCAGUCAAGUAUUUUCCAAAUAAGAGUAGAUGUAUUAUAAGUGGGAAUCCUAUUAGGUUAUCUUUGAGGAAAUAUAUGUCAAAGGCUGUGGCGAGGAUGCAUUUCUUUCCUAGGGCUGCAAAGACUUGGGAUUUAGAAUCUAGGAUAGUGUUGAUUCUUGGAGGUUCACUAGGUGCAAAUGCCAUUAACAUUGCAGUACUAAAUAUGUAUUCUCGAAUGUUAUCUGAGCACAAGAACAGAUUUAUCAUCUGGCAGACUGGUGUCGACUCAUUCAAUGAGAUGGAGAGCCUUGUUAAGAAUCAUCCUCGCUUGGUAUUGACACCGUUCAUGCAUAAAAUGGAUUUGGCAUAUGCAGCUGCGGAUCUUGUUAUCUCAAGGGCUGGUGCAGUGACUUGCUCCGAAAUCAUGGCCACAGGAAAACCUUCUAUUCUGAUUCCAUCUCCAUAUGUUGCUGAAGGACAUCAAAUGAAAAAUGCAUUCAUUAUGGAAGACAUAGCAGGCUCUAAGGUGAUAACCGAGGAUGAACUUGAUUCAACUACACUUGGAAUUGCAAUAGAAGAGAUCUUAGGGGAUGAGAAACAGAUGGCAGAUAUGUGUGAGAAGGCUUUGAAAUCUGGAUGUCCUGAAGCCUCUGCGGAGAUUGCUCAACACAUUCUUUCACUUAUAAACUAGUCAACAACUAUCUAGGUAAACAAGUAAGUAGAAUAUAGUGCUGGUGAUAUGUAUUAAAGGAAAUUCCUUAGUAAUCACAAGUCGGCGUCAACAUAUUUCUUCUUUAUCAAAUUCAUUAGCCCCUCCACCUGCUCCUCCCUUUGUUGUAAUUCUCUUGCAAACCUAGAUGUACUAAUAUUCUUAGUUUGAUAUUAUCAUAUAAGCAAAAUGUAUUUAUCUGAUUCUUUUCAA